AGGAAGUUGCUGCCAGCCCCUCUGUGUGCUGUGUGUUCUGAUUUUGCUCAGUCCUUCUCUGCAGUCAGAAGGGAAAGAGGGAAAGAGAGAGAGACAGAGAGAGAGACAGAGAAACCAGGAAAGAAGGCAAGGAGGAGGGGAGAAAAGAAAGGGGAGUAUCCACCCUCCUGGUCCUUGUGUUUUUCUAGUCUCUCUCUGCUAAUGAUACGCUUUGCCAGUGGUGCUCAGAGGACUGGCACCUGCUGCUCUUUGGUGAUUCAGCCUCUUACAGCUGCCGUCUGAACACAACAGGAUGUCGCUUGUGCCGCUGCUGCUGCUGCUGCCUCUGCCUCUGCUUAACAAUAGUGUUUACAUGAGAGCCGGCUCCACUCGCAAAGUCUUCAGGUGAGUCAGCUGAAUUUUGAAACCUGGAGUUAUAGCAGUUCUUCUGAAACUGAAAAACCUGAAAGAAACUUAUUUAUUUUCAUUUUUAUUAUCUGAACAACCACCAUGCCUUGAGAACGGUCCCAAAAGAAGAAGAAUCUUCAUCAUUUAUUUGACUUUUUAUAUAUGUCUAUCGCUUGAUGUCUGUAUCUACGCCCGCAACAUCAAGCUAUUUUGUGAUCAGAUAAUGGAAGACGCGCUUCAUCAUUCUUGCUGGCUGCUGUCUUGUGCACCAAGUUAGAGUUCAGGCCUCCGGAGACCUUUGUCUGACUGACGGCGUGAGGAUGUCUGAGGGAGCUGAUGAAACCUCCCCGGGCCCUCCCACCCCUCCCUGCGCUGCUGCUGCUGCUGCUGAUUCCCCGCUCUUUGCCUCCACGGCCCAGGAGAAUGCCCCAGAAGUGUCCGCGGCAACGGAGGGUGUUGCCGAGGAAAACCGAGCUCUGGGAUUGGCAGGCAUGGCUGCUACCUGCUGCAUCUGCAUGGAGACAGCACAAGUGAGGAGCUGCCUGAACUCGGAGAAGAUCUGCAUCCUGCCCAUCCUGGCUUGCCUCAUCAGCCUGGCUCUCUGCACCGCUGGCCUCAAGUGGGUCUUUGUGGACAAGAUCUUCGAGCCCCACACCCACCUCGACCCCAAUCGGAUUGGUCAGGACCCAGUAAUCUAUGCCGACCAAACUCUGGGGCCCACUGGAGAGCCCCCAGCUGUACAUACCUCAGUCCUACCCAGCCACAGCACAGGGCAGCAAACAGUGCAGGUGAAGGGUGACCCUUCUGUGGCGUCUGACCCUGUCCACAAUCCAACCUUCAAUAGCCCUACCUCGGCUUUAACUCUGCUAACCACUCCUGCCACCCAGAGACCCCUCACAACUACUAACGUGAAAGGACCCACCACUGGGCAUCCUCUGCAAACAGUGGAAACUAAUAUCAUAAAAAUACCCAAGUUGUCAACCACAACUGUUCCUACGAUAGGAACUGGUCAUGUGAUCAAGUGUAGCGACAGUGAGAAGAACUACUGUGUGAACGGAGGAGAAUGCUUCAUCCUCAACACAAUCCCAAGCAAAACUAAAUAUCUGUGCAGGUGCCCAAAUGAAUUUACUGGUGAUCGUUGCCAAAACUACGUAAUGGCCAGCUUCUACAAGCAUCUUGGGAUUGAAUUUAUGGAAGCUGAAGAGCUCUACCAGAAACGAGUGCUAACGAUCACAGGCAUCUGCAUUGCACUGCUAGUGGUUGGCAUCAUGUGUGUGGUUGCCUACUGCAAAACCAAGAAACAGAGGAAAAAGCUUCAUGAUCGCCUAAGGCAGAGUUUGCGAUCCGAGCGUAACAACAUGAAUAACCUUGCAAACGGACCCUACCACCCCAACCCACCCACAGAAAGUGUACAGCUAGUGAAUCAGCAUGCAUCUAAAAACGCCAUCUAUGCAGACCAUAUAAUCGAAAAAGAAACAGAAACAUCAUUCUCCACAAGCCAGUACUCGUCAACCACACGUCACGAUACCCCUGUUACCCAGACAUCGAGCCACAGCUGGAACAAUGGAAAGACUGAAAGCAUGACAUCAGAAAGCCGUUCUGCACUGGUGACAUCUUCAAUGGGAACCAAUGGACAGACCAGUCCGGUUGGGCACCGAGGCCGUCUGAAUGGCACAGGGUGCGCUCGAGAUCUUACCACUUAUUUAAAGAAUGCACGGGACUCUCCCGAGUCUUACAAGGAUUCGCCACACAGCGAGAGGUACGUGUCUGCGAUGACGACACCUACCCGCAUGUCCCCUGUGGAGUUGCAGUCCCCUUUGUCUCCGCCUUCAGAGAUGUCCCCGCCCCUUUCCAGCUUGGCCACAUCUGUUCCCUCCAUGGCCAUCAGCCCCUUGGUGGAGGACGAGAGGCCGCUCCUAUUGGUUACACCUCCACGUGUGAGGGAAAAACGGAACGACCAUACCAAUAGCAACCAGCAGCGUAACUCUGCCCACUACAACCAUGGCCAUGAGGCCCACAGCCCUCCUCCCAGCCCGCUGAGGAUAGUAGAAGAUGAUGAGUAUGAGACCACCCAGGAGUAUGAACCAGCAGUACAACAGCCUGCAAAGAAAGUUGCCAAUGGCCGGCGGGCAAAAAGAACAAAGCUCAAUGGCCACAUUCCACACAAAUUGGAGUCUGACAGCGACUCAAGCUCAGAGAGCAGCAGCUCUGAGAGCGAGACUGAAGACGAGCGAAUAGGGGAAGACACGCCCUUCUUGAGCAUACAGAAUCCCAUGGCAGCAAACCUAGAGUCAGCCCCAGCAUUCCGGUUGGCUGACGGCAGCAGGACUAACACAACCCAUCAGCUAUCCACACAGGAGGAUUUGCAAGCUAGGCUGUCCAGUGUAAUAGUUAAUCAAGAUCCGAUUGCUGUGUAAAAAAAAAAAAUACUUAUACAUAGAGUCACCAGUAAAACUUUAUUUUAUAUAAAUGAAGUAUUCUGAAAAAAAAGAAGAAAAAAUACUUAAAUUAAACUAUUUUAUUUUAGCAGUAGUGGAUUAAAAAGAUAGUCUUUUAUAAAUUAAAUAUAUGUAUGUAAAAUGCGUUUUGAGUUUUGAAUGAAUGUGCCAUAUGUAGCAGGUUUUACAGUAUUUCAAUGGAGAAAAAUAUCAAUGGUGCCUUUAUGUUCUGUUAUGUUAAGAGCAGGUUUCAUAUAGUGAUUGGUGUCCCACAGUAUUUCCACUAAACUGUUACAUUUUACAAUGGCUUGCUGUUUAGUGUUUGUGACCAAUGCUUCCUAAGUAAUGCAUUAUGGGGAUUUGAAUAAAAAGUUAAUGUUGACUGACACUGGCAAAGGAUAGUCAUAAACUGCCUUCCUUCUAGUUUGUUUAAUUAAAUGCAUUAAAAGUGUUGGCCAUCAGCUUAACUAUCUUGCUCUGUAAAGUCCUUCAUUCUCGAAUAGAUGUCCCUUUCAAGUGGUUAUUGUGUGAAGUACAGAAAGAAAACCAUAGCUGUUCUUACUCCACAGCGGAGUGCCCUGCCACAAAUGUAAUAACACAUAACAGGUUAUGUGUUGAGACUGAAAAAAAUAAGCAGAAACACACACACACCACAUAAAAGAAGAUUGGUAAAGAUGGACCUUGAUGAGUCCUACUCCAACCAAAUUCAAAACCUCUAUCAAUACCUUAACGGAGAAGAAUACAAGAGGGUUGUACUGUUUGCAUUCAUGAAAUAGUUGGGAACUUUGGCCUAAAAUCUUUUCAAAGUGCUUAUUUUAAUUAUUUAUGUAUUUAUGUAUUUAUUUAUUUAACUUUUAAAAGUAUUAUUUUGAAAUAAAAACUGCCCAUUUACCAUGUAUCAGGACAUGCUGUAUACCACUGGGGUAUAUACACUAUCCCCUGAACAAGUACAGGGCACCCUGUGGACAGAGAGUAGUGUACACAAAGGAAUACAAGCAGGCUCACCCCAUGAUGCUUUGCUUUAGAGCAAGGGGCCAACAGCAAGACAUAAUGCAAUUACACAGAAACAAAAAUCUACAGCUACAGCUUGUUGUUUUCUUGUCAGUAAAAGUGCAAUAGCUAAUUUUGACUUUUAGGGUUGCUAUUUUUAAACAAGCAUGAUCACAAAUGUUAGCAGUGCACCAGUAAUGUAUUCCUAUUAUGCAGCUGUUAGGAGUAAAAAUGGUGCCCAUGGUUCAAUACCAAAGCCUUAAUGGAACUCUGUACUGCUGAGUAACAAAUGCUGUUAAACUUGCUUUGGUAAACCAGAAUACUAUACCAUGCACGCACAUUGCAUUGACCAGACCUACAACUAGCAUGCGGUGCACUUAUGUAGUGAAUGUGCAUGUGAGGGUUUGGAUGACUUAUAAAACAAGGACCUCCUGCAAGUAACAAUUAUUCAUAAUGACAGAACUAUUGCACCUUUGUUCCUUUUCACCCACUAAUUCCCAUGGCAAGCCAGUCUGAAACGCUGUUUCCGUUCUGCAGUGUCCCCCACCAGUUAUUGACUGUCAGAAAACUGGUGUACAUGUGUGUGUGUAUAUAUAUAUAUAUAUAUAUAUAUAUAUAUAUAUAUAUAUAUAUACACAGUGGUUUGCAGAAGUAUUCACCCCCUACCAAUAAUGUCACAUUUUGUUGAAUUACAAAUGAUGUAUGCACAGUUUUUCAAAAAAAACUUUUUUUUUAUUCAAAGCUGUAGUGGUUAAACUGAACACUGUUAUAUGAGGAGGAGGUUAAAUGUCAUCAAAACUUGCAAAGAAAAUGUACAAAAUGAAAUUUACUGGUUGCAUAAGUAUUCAGCCCCUUAAGUCAGUACUUGGUAGAAGCACCUUUUGCAGCAAUUACUGCUAUGAGUCUUUUUAGAUAGGUCUCUACUAGCUUUGCACAGUAGGAUGGUGAAAUGUUUGCCCAUUCUUCACAGGAAAAUGGCUCCAGUUCUGAUAAGUUUGUUGGGAAUUGUCGAUGGACUGCAAUCUUCAAGUCUCGCCAUAAAUUUUCGAUUGGAUUCAAGUCAGGACUUUGACUGACCCACUCAAGAACGUGAAUUCUCUUCAGCGUGGCUUUGGCUUUGUGCUUCUGGUCAUUGUCCUGCUGAAAUGUGAAUUUCCUCCCCAGUUUCAGAGCCUGUACUUUGUACCAUACAUUCUCAACUGAGAUUAAUCUGUUUUUCUGUGUAAAUCUUACUUAUUUAUAUUCUAUAUGCAUUUUUUAACUUUAUCAGUGUGGAGUAGUUUGUGUUGAUUCUACAUGUAAAGUCUAAUUUGAAAGCGUCGUGGAGUACGCUCAGGUGCCAACAAAAUGUGAAAACUUUGCAGGGGGUUGAAUACUUCUACAAACCACUGUAUGUAUGUAUGU